GCUUUUCCUUCAAUCAGUCAGUCAGUCGCCAGCCUUUGCCCAUGCAAAGAGAAACGUUAGCACUUGUGCUCGUGCCGUCGUCGUUGUCGUCGGUCGUCGAUUUUCGAUUCUCGGUUGUCAGUCGUUGUCGUCGAGGAUUUUGGGUUUUGGCUAUCAGAGCGCGCGCACACACACACACACAACUUUACAAAAAAAAAAAGAAUAGCCAAAGAAGAAAAUCACACACGUAUAGAAAAAAGCGCAGCAGUGAAAAUGAAAUGGCAAUAAUGUGGUAAAAGCAGAGUCCCAAAAAAUAUGGCAAGUGUUUUUGUGGUAUCGCAAAAAAGCAGUCGCAAUGUGAAUAUCGAAAUAUGUCAACGAAAGUAACCAACCAAAAAAUACAAAAUCAAAAUUCGACGCAAAGAAUUCAAUGCAGAGACAUAAAAGCAGAGCCAAUUAUUUCUCUGCACAUGCAUGUAAAAACUAAAAUAAUAUUAGAAUUAGACGAAAAACAGCAAAGAACAAGAGCAACAACAACAACAGCAAUAAUAUCAUCAUCAGCAGCAGCAAGAACAACAACAAGAAGGAAAUCAAGAGCGUGUAAGGCGCGAGAGCAAAGCACAAGCAAAAGCAAAGGCAAAGGCAAAGGCAAAAGCACUCAAUAAAAAGUUAUUAGCAAAAACAUAAAUACGUAACUUGCUCUCACUCUCACUCUCUGCUCUCUUUGGGGAGCGAAAAAGGGGCGAGCACCGCCAACGCGCUUACCCUGCAGUCGCUAAGUGCUCUCUGUGUGGGAGUGUGAGCUGAGCUGAGAGUGGGAGAGGAGACAGAACGAGACGAACAGACAGAAAGACGAACGAGCGAGCAAACGAACGAACGGACGUUAGGUAGGUAGGUCAGUGGCAGUGGGCGACAGCAGCAGCAGCUGUGGCAGCGACGCCAACGCCAACGCUAACGCCAACAUCAACUUUAACUUGAAAAGGGCAGCAUGUCCUGCACCGUCUCGGAGCUGCCCAGCGGCUGUCGAUUGCGCGGCAUGACCGCCACCUCACAGAACUCGGUGGCGAAUAACGGGAACGGGAAUGGGAAUGGGAACGGGAAUGGAAAUGGCAACGGCGAUAGUAUAGGCGCUGUCAGCGGCUUGAGCUCAACAGCUGGAGGCGUGGCCGGCAGCGGAGGCGGGGGCGGGGGUGGCAUCAGUGGCACAAGCUCAGGCACAACGCUACCGGUGAGCGGUAGUGCCACAUCGAACGUGCUGCAGGAAUCAAAUGCGCCGCUGCAGCGACCGCAGUCGCAGAAGCCGUGUUGUUUUUGUUGGUGCUGUUGUUGUUCCUGCUCCUGGGCUAAGUGUCUUGCCAUAAAGAAUGCUGAUGAAAAUGCGCCCACCAAACGUGAUCUCGUUAGCGCCGAAUUCCUAGACGGCGAUCAACCCACAUUAGAGGAAAUACGUAGUUGGGGUAAAAGCUUUGAUAAACUUAUGAAGAAUUCGAGUGGUCGCAAGGUAUUCCGCGACUUUCUGCGCAGUGAAUUUAGCGAGGAGAACAUAUUGUUUUGGCUUGCCUGCGAGGAUCUGAAGAAGGAGAACAGCGCCGAGGUGGUCGAGGAGAAAGCACGUCUGAUAUACGAGGAUUAUAUAUCGAUACUAUCGCCGCGCGAAGUAUCGUUAGACUCACGAGUUCGCGAAAUAGUUAAUCGAAACAUGAUCGAGCCGACGACUCACACCUUCGACGAAGCUCAAAUUCAGAUCUAUACGCUGAUGCACAGAGACUCAUAUCCCAGAUUCCUAAACUCGCAAAAGUUCAAGACACUCGCUCAAAUGCAAGACAAUUCGAAUGCCGGCUCCAAGGCGGAUAGCCCCACUUAGAUGUUGUGUCAUGUAAUGUGCUGUGUUGAUUUCGUCGUUGUUGUUGUUUUUCUCGUUUAACUUUAGUAUUCUUUGGUUGUCCUUAAACGUUGCAACAGCUGAAAAAUGCUGCCACCAAAAGCCGCUGCUGCAGUUAACAAAGCAAUAUGUCAUACUAACUAAAUAGAUCAAUUCCAUUUGGCGUGUGCAGUACCAAAAAAGAGAAUUAACCAAAAAAGACAGCUAACGGCAAAUGUUGUGGUAGCAACAACAACAAACAACAAACAACAUCAACAACAACAGCAGCAGCAGAGGAUCCUUUGUUAAAGGAGGACACAACCAAUUUAGACGAUAUGAUAUAUACAAACAUAUAUAUAUGAUGCAUUAUGUGAAACCGAUUCCUUCUUUACAAUGUUCUAGUCGUUAACAAACCAAACAAAACUAGGCAAUUUAUAAAAUUAGUUGUUAAAAAAAAAAACCACAAACAAACAAAAUGCAAAAAUAGAGAGAGAGAGAAUUAAGAGAGUUAAGGCGCAAUGUACUAUGCAGAAUUGGGAGGGUAUAGUUGAUAACACAAUUGAUACAGAUCAGCAUUUCUAGGGAGUCUAAAGUUUAUAUUGUAUUGUGUAUUAUUCGGAACUGGUUCCCCCAAAAUAGCACAAGAAACAGGACAAAAAAUAAUAGAAGAAAAUGGUGCGAGAAGCGAAACAAUUAGCAUACAUUGUAAUAAUUGUUAUUCUAAGAUGUAUUAAUCAAA